AUGGGUCGUGGUGCUCAGAAGGGGCAGCCGCCAGUGGACUUCAAACUGCCAGGUGUGGCAUUGAAACGGAUUUGGUCCUCCCUCAUCGUGGCGCUGCAUCUUCUGACCGGAUGGCGCAUGAACAACCCCUCGAUCAUCCACCCGCUCUUGGUCGGAGUCUUGGGUUUGAUCUUGGCCUUCCGCACCAACCAGGCGGGGGAGCUCUUCUCCGACAUGGUUGUGUUUGAAGCCUACGAGCGGCACUGGAGCUGCGCAAAGCAGCUGACGGAGAUGCAGCGCGUCCUCCAGACCAUGCUCAGGUACGCGGCCCACCUGUCCCGAGACGACUGGGAGAUCUACUCCUGCAUCGUGCGGCACCUCAUCGCCUUUCCCAUCGCCCUGAAGCAGCACCUCAAGCGGAGCCGCGAUCCAGAGGAGUACUCGAGAGUCCUGGAGUAUUCCGAGCUCGAUGGCAUCGGCCGAACGGGGCGCCCGCACACCCUGCUGCUCUCCAGCUUGUCCAUGCUGAUCCGGCCCCUGCGCCAUCGCGACGAUGGGCUGGGCAAGAGCCUCGCGCUCUGGAAUCAGAUGGACACCUGCAUCAGCCAGUUGCAGAGCAUCUCCUGCAAUCUGGACCUCGUCGUGCAAGUACCUCUGCCGGCCAGCUACACCAUCCACGCAGAUCGCUUCAUCCGUCUUUGGGUCGGAACUCUUCCAUUCGUUCUGCUCGAUGUCAUGAGACCGGCAGGGGCACCCGGUGAGGAGUCAGUGCUUGGACCGGCAGUGACGUUGAGCCGAGCAUGUUGGGAUUGCCAGGCUGUGCACUUUUUCUUGAGGAAGUUGUUGGCCGUUUUGGGAGAAUUGCCGGGCACUGGCCGUUCCGAAUAA